CAGGCCGCCUCCCCCCACUGCUCCUCCUCCUCCUGCUAUACUCCGCUCUCCGGCUCCGCGGCUCCUCAUUCACUAGAAGAUGGCGGACUGCGCUCCACUGUUAGAUGAGGAACUCUCGUCCUUUGUCUUCAAUUACCUGACAGAAACCUCCGGCAGCCAGUAUGGGGAGGAGGAGGUGUGUUCGGACCGCUUGGACGCCGACUUCCCGGACAUCGACCUCUCCCAGCUGGACACCAGUGACUUCGACAGCGUCAACUGUCUCAGCGAGCUCCAGUGGUGCAACGAGCAGCCGGUGGACGCGUCGCCGGCCUCCGUUCACUACAGCACAGCAGACGAGCUCUUCGAGAUAGAGGAGGAGAAUGCGGCUCUGCUGGCGGCGCUGAGCGACAGCCUGGACGGCAUGGUGGACGCCGAGGUGGGCGGGCUCUCCGUCUUCCCCGCGCUGGAGGAGGAGCUGGACCACGACGAGGAGGACGAGGACGGACUUCCUCUGAGCCACGAGGACCUGAGCCCGUCCCGGGGGGCCGAGGCCGAGGACCCAUCACUACUCAAGAAGCUGCUGUUGACUCCUCCUAACGUGCCCACGGGCGUUGAUGCGCUCAAAGAGGGCCAUCGCUAUAGCAACAGAAGCCUCCAUCUACGGCCAGUGAGACCUCUGGUCAAGACCGACCUCCCUCAGGAGCGGAAGCCUCGCGCCGUGCGUCCGGCGAGCCGCCUGUGCACCGAGCUCCACCGCCACCUCACCACCGCCCAGGAGGCCGAGGGCGCCGCCCCCGAGGAGGAGGAGGAGGAGGAGGAGGAGGAGGGCAACGACGAGAACAGCGAGUCGGAGGACGAGGACGAGGAGUCGUCCAGCAGCGAGGUGGAGGCCGCCGCCGCCGAGCCGGCGAAGCCUCAGUUCAGCUCGGACAAAGAACUGCGCUCGGUGGUGGAGCUGAUCACAUACAUGCACACCUACUGCCUGCCCACACGCAAGCAGCAGGGCUGGGAGCGCAAGGAGCAGGACCUCCACAGGCCUCGGGCCCGACCCGAGGCCGCCCGGGCCCCCGGCACCGGCUCCCACAGCAGAGUGAUCCUGGUGGCCAGUCCCGGGUCCAGUGGGGGCUCCGCUGGGCCGGGCAGCGCCGCCCCCCGGAGGCUGCCGUUCGCCAGGCGGAGGGAGAUGAAGGCCGACUCCCUCCUCCGGCAGCUCCUGCAGCAGAGCGCUGCCUUUGACGUGAGCAAGCCUUACAGACUGCACAGCGCCCCCUACACCCGCUCACACAGCCCCAACGCGGGCGGCGCCACCGGGCCCAAACCAGAGCUCAGUAAAGACUGCUGCUCCCCAGAACGGACGAGCUCCUGCUGUGAGGGUCCGCGGAGCCCGGAGGCCCCCGAGGACGGCGGCUCCUUCUCCGUGCGGCGCUCGCUGCGUUUGGCCUCCUUCCCCAGCCGCUUCGCCAAGAGGCUGCGCCCGGGUCGGGCGAGGGGCGGCGAGGCCAAGGAGAGAGAGCACGGACGGCCAGAGGUCAAAGCGCCGCCAGCCUGCUGCCACAACGAAAAGCGCGCCUGCCUCUGUCUACCUCUCAACCCCAAGUCCACAGGAGAGUCCCAGUACAGCACCAAGGCGUUUGAGCAGACGCUCAGUGUGGAUCUGUGUGGAACAGCAGGUCUCACCCCUCCCACCACCCCACCUCACAAACCUGUUGAAGAUGAGCUCUUCAAGCCAGCAGAGGGCGGGAAGGCCGGAGCAGGGAGCACCGGCGGAGGAGGAGGGAACGAGCCCAUCGCAGCCAAGAGCUCGUCCUGGCUGAGCCGCGGCCACCACCAGCGGAAGCUGCCGGAGCAGACGGAGCUGUACGCCCAGCUGCGGCGCAUGGGCCAGACCGGCCACAGCGACUCCCAGCGCAGGUUCGGCGACCACGACUACUGUGCUCUGAGCCUCGCAGACAACCAAAAGCCCAGCGCUGCCUUGCUCGGAGCCGUGCUGCAGGUGCAGGGCGGGGCCGAGGGAGCGGGCCACGCCCCCACAGCAGCUUCCCAUCAGGAAUGUGACGGGAAGGAGGCGGAGGCGAUGGCGGCGUCACAGGAAGCACCGGAGCAGCAGGCGCCUCCGACGGCGUCGCCACAGGCGGCGGCGGAGGCCACGCCCCCGAGCUCAGAGGAGGAGGCCGAGUGCUCGUCCCGCUCCCCGUCGCCCGUUCUCCACCUGUGCCCCGAUUCCCCCGCCAGCAAGACGGACUCCAGUGAGAACUCAGAGAUCGGUCCUGAUGAUGAGCAGAGGAACAAAGCCACGUCAGAGGAGGACAACUGCCAGGUGUUUUACAUCCACAACCUGCCAAGCAGCGUGACCCAGAACAUGCUGAGGAAACGCUUUCAGGUUUUCGGCAACGCAGAGGACUGCAAAGUCAUCGUCUGCAACGAGGAGCGCUGUGGGGUGAUAAAGAUUCGCCAGUCGGGGCUGCAGAGACACUGGAGAGAACGGGACACCGUUUUCCAGAACGGGCCGGGGAGUCUGAGGAGACUGACGAGGAAACGCUACAUAGACCUCGACGAGGCAGGUCCAGGUCCCGUCAAGAGCAAGUACGAUGCACUGGACUUUGACACUCUGCUGAAGGAGGCCCAGAAGUCUCUCCAGCGCUGACGGCCCAGCAGCAGACUGGCCAGCCUUAGUCCACAGCAGCAGCACCCUCCGACUGCACGGCUCCGCCCUCACAGGCCUCAGUACCUCCACGCAAGGCCCCCUUGCAAAGUGUUUACAUUUUUACCAUUGGAAUAGUAGAUAAGGACCUGUUGUUUUUGAAGCUCUUUUCACCGGAGGAUACUGCGUAAAAACGAGGAACCGCUGGGAGUCCGUGGAGACACCACGGAGGUGUUAGGACUUGUGCUGCAACAGCUGUAGACGCCAACGUAGUUCUCUGCUGAACAACAGUAACGACGCUGCUUCCUGUCUGUUGGUGGCGCUGCCGUGGAAGAGCAGGCGUGAGGGACCUCUGUAGCAAAGCGUCGCGUCGCUCCUCGUGGUGUGUGUGUGUGUGUGUCUGCGUGUCUGUCCUGUUGGUAAAAAGUCGUAAAGAAAAGCUGUGCCUUCGUGGACGGCGGCGACCGCCCCCAUGAAGCUCAGCGCGGUCGCAUAACCAGAAAAAAAGAAACGACCCCUGCGUUGUUUUAGCAAAUAAUUGUGGUUGUUUUAAAAUCUGUCGUGUGUGUGCUACGGACAAACAAUAGAACAAAAAACAUUAACGUAAUCAUUUGAUGAUAAAGUUUACAAAUCUUAAAUGAAAAACCAACCAUUUGUUCCUUUUUUGUAACUGUAGUGCUUCCUUGAUUUGAUCUAUGCACUGUAAGGAGCUCAGCGUCUCCGACCUCCGACCCCACGGCCUCUGCCACUGGCUGCUCAGACUCCUGCACCUGAAUGUUGCACGUGUUUCGGCUCCUCUCCCGUCGGGGGCUCUGGUUUAUGUCUCUGCUCUGUUACACACUGACUGGUGUCCAGUGUGUAACAGUGGGUUCCGACCCACAGAACAGCCCCAAAGUGUCCCAACUCAAACAGUGCCACAGUUCCCGUUUACACCCGCGUUGCAGCAGCAGGACAAAGAUGGCAGCCGACGCCCCUAAACCCGAGCCCACUUGAAUCCACUGGAUCUCUCUCUCCCGAUCGGCGGUCGGUUCGAAUGGAAUGUAUCAGAAUCUGAAUGUACUCGCGCGCUUUCCCGGUCCUGCUUGCCCUGUGGAGCUCAUGGUGCUCGGAGGCGGAGCCGCCGACUGACAUUCGCUGCCGCAGCCAGUAGCAGCCGCCAGGAAGCGGGGGAGCGCGUCCACGCCCACAGCCGGGGAAGUGGCAGCGGAUGGGGUUCAAAGCGGGAGGUCCGUAUGAGCGGAGCAUCUCUACCUCACAUCCAUCCUCCAUCCAGCCACGCUCCCGUUGGACGCCCCCCCCCCCUCAGCCGCUCCCUCCGGGUGGUGAGUUCAUGUGUCGUACGGGGACUCCCGCCCGCGAGGGAGCGCUUCCUGUCUUUAACGCUGUCCGUCGCUUGUGUGAUGGUUGUUGGCGUGUCCGUGUGUUGGAGUCUCGACCGUGUGUCCUUGUGAAUCUGAGUGUUUCGUCUUUGUCUCGUGUCGGACACUGCUGACGCUUGCGGUUUGUGGAGGACGGGUCAUCUUCCCUCCUCGCCUUCAUCUCUGCGUUGUUCUGGUUUCCUGCUCCUCCAGUCACUUCUCUCUCUGUGGGUUCAACGUGAACUCUCCUUUUUUAGACGGAUAAUUGUUUCGGAUCCUCGUUCUUGUCGUUUCACUAGCUAAUCAACUUGGUAACACACAAAAAACUGAAUGUUUACAUCACUUGAUUCUCCUUUGACUUUAUUAGGAACGCACACUAAGUACAAAGGCGCCUUAUUCAGUGUUUAAAAAAAAAAGGGGCCUGGAAGGACGACGCGUCUUCAGGCUCACUGACGUCCAAAACUAACAGUUUAGUGCUAUACAUACUGAUUGAGAAACAAGGUGUACAUUUUUAAAAAAGGGAACAAAUUUAAUUACAAAAAAUAAAAAACUAAUCACGAACAACUGAAUGAGUAUUUGUGCUUAGUAUGUAUACUACUAAAAAGUGAGAGAAUGUGCUGGUUUACAUAUAAAAAAAUGAGAAAUUCUAAUAUGAGUAUGUAAUGUGUAUAUAGCACUAUGCCUCAUUGUAAACAUAAUGUAUUGUGGGUUUUUCUUGUUUGUUUUUUGGAUAACGGUGGCAGUUGAUCACUAAUCAGACAGGACGUGAGCAGGUUCCAGUCAGUUAAUGUUUGUUCAGUACAGGGAGGAGGUUAAGGGAAAAUGUGCGCUGGCUCGUCCAAUGCUAAUAAUUUGUUUUUAAAGAGAGGGAGGAUUGAACUUUCCCUUUAGAUCACCACUAGAAGGUUGUUUUGUUGCCGUUUAUACAAUGACUUCAUGUUGAUUUAGUUUUUUAAAGCAAUUUGAGAUGCAAUAUAAUAAUCUUAUCUUUAAGACAGCCUUUGAAAAACCUGAGGUAAUAAUGUACAGUGUGGUGGGUCAGUCUGAGCUGUGGAUUCAUUAGGCUACUGUACCGUGUGUAGACUGCUGUUAAACACAAAAAACUCACAAACUACAGGAAACCUGUGGUCGGCUGCAUCGUAAACACAUAACACGUACUAAUAUACUCUUGCACAGAUAUUGUCCCAAGUAGUUUAAUACCUUCACAAUAUUCCCUUGAGUCAAACCAAGCAGUUGGAACUACGUUGUCACCACGUUUUCACACUUGUACGACGGCAUGGGCUCAAAGCUCCACGUGUGACUGUGGAAACGGGAAAAGCGGAAACGAAGCUCAUCGCUGGUUCAACCGCUGGUUCAAAUGUCCACUAGUUGAUGCGAGGGGGGCACUGUAGAAAUCCCACUGAUUCUGCUGCAGUCGACAGGGCGGAGCGGCCCGGUCGGCACCAAAAGUGGACUGAGGCAAAACAAACACGACCAGAACAAGGGGACGGGAAGCGAGCACGUUUCUCCCACUCGUGACCAAACGGUUCUAAGUGUUUCUGUUGGCAAACGUCCGUCCGAGCGUAGACGCGUGCGCUGGGAUUUCUACAGUGGCUGCUGUUGUGCCUGUGAGGUGCCUCCUUUGUUCCAGAGGUGAAUGGCACCAAACGACCACAUUUGUCAUCAUGGCAAGCCUUAAAAAUCAAUCGGUGGGGGGUGAAGCUAGCUUUUAUUAUUACACUUUCAGACUCCUUUCCAAUCCAGUGUGGUUUAUUAUGAGAUAAUUACUGACGUAAUUAAAACCUUUAAUAGCCAUAUUAUUAAAAGCUAUAUACAUAUAUAUGAAUAUAUAUUUGUGUGUUUGUGUAGAUAUCUAGAUGAUUAUAUACUUUCUUAUAGAAAACGUUGAUGUUGACCAUUCUCCUCAGUGUUUUGAGAACACGUUGACAUAUUUCAACAUAAUGCCGCUGUCCGCUUGGUCUAGGUUUUAGGUCGAUGGGCAACGAAUCCAAAAAGAAAAAAAAAAAAAAACAC